AUCGACAAUCCCGAAAUUCCCGAAUUAAAAUCUGAUUUAUGCAAGAUAUAACGAAAAUAAAUAAAAUUGUGCAAUGAAACAUUGGCUGUUAUGAAAUUUCGUGCAAACGUUUUAACGUACUUAUAAUGAUUUAUCAGAAAACUAUGGGAGACUCCAAACCAAAAGAAGAACCUAUUUUGUAUGAAUUUUCUUGUUCAUCAUGUGACUUAGCCGAGACAGCCGACUAUAAAGGAACAAGUCCUCCAUUCUCACGGAACAUAGACCUCAAGUACCCGAGCUAUGUGAUGAAGGACCCGUUCAGCCCUCCGGGCAAGGGCGAGAUAUUGGUUCUGGGAGCAGACUGUGUGAAGUGUGGCAAGCCAGUGUGCGUCAGCAAGGACUGCAGCAUGUUCUACUUGAAGAUGUACUGCCUGGACUGUGCACAGACCUCAGCUGAGGAGUUUCCUAUAGAAAUAAAAACUAAAAUAACACAAAUAAAAAGAAAAUAACAAAAAUUAA